UCCGAUCAAGAUGACCGAUUUGAAAUCUUACGACGCGUUAAAGUGCCUUUGGGCUGUCUGGACGUUUCAUUGCGUUAAACCGUGGUCGAAAUACAAAAGACUUGAGGUGGUCUUUUUUUCCUUCAUAGUGUUUCUUACAGUAACACAUUUGCUCGCAUUGAAUUUGGAACUAGUGCUUUCCGAAAGCAUAAGGGUUUCAGUGCAAAAUUUCCCAUUUAACAUUGGAUUUUGGGCUGGUUCGCUGAAAUUUAUUUGCAUUUAUCUGAUGCGAUUCGAGCUAUUAACCUUGGAAAAAUAUUUCGAUGAACUGGAUGAUGAUUUGAAGCCAGAAGAGGAACGAAUCGCGAUGAAGGCGCUGGCACGUAAAGUCCAUCGUUGCUCUAUUGCGUAUAUAUCCUUCGAUUUGUCCAUUGCUACUUCUGGGAUAAUCGUAUCACUUGCUUCGGCUGGACAGAAUUUAAUUUUUCCGGCCUGGUAUCCAUUCAAUUAUCGUGAAAGUAGCUGGAAAUUUGCACUGGCAUUCACACACCAAUUGGUGACUUUUAUAAUACUGAAUUUUCAAAAUAUAUCAUGUGAUGGAUAUCCAAUGUGUUACUUGGUCAUGUUAAAUGCACAUGUGAAGGCCCUCAUAAGACGCCUCUCUAACAUUGGGAAGGACGAAACCAACAAUAGUCCGGAUAAUUACCCACUGCUUGUGUCUUGUGUUAAGAAUCAUGUGAUUAUUUUAAACAUAUUUUCCGUUCUGCGCAAACUUAUAGCCCAAACGCUUUUCGUUGAGUUCAUUGUAUCCAGCGCCAUUCUAUGCUUUACUGUGGUGUACCUUAUCAGCUUCGAUCUACCGACAGUUGAGAAAAUCUUUUUUAUAAGCUGUGCUUUCGGCAGUAUCAUGGAGAUAUUACCAACAUGCUACUUUGCCAAUCAAUUAAUCCAACUAACGGAAGACCUUGCCUUUGCUGCUUACAGCGCUAACUGGGUCUAUCAGGGUACUAAAUUCCGACGCGCAAUCGUGUUCAUAAUGGCAAAAUGCCAAGAAUCAAGUGUGAUUCUAGCUGGAGGUAUCCUUCCAGUAACCAUGUCCACAUUUUUAAGCAUCGUUAAGUUUUCGUAUUCGUUGCUGACGCUCAUGAUUAGUCGAUUGCAGAGAUAAAAUACCAGCCCGACCUUUUCCAAUUUUGAAAUAAUAUCAACACUGCACGAAGUCUGGCAUGAACGCCAUUUUGUCACUAUGUAUCACAUUUUGUGCACUAUGGGAUAAAAGUAAAUAAAAGAAGAGCAUUUUGUCUCAUUAUUAUUCAUCUGACUUA